GAUUUGGCGGCGGUGGGCGAGCAUAUAAAAAGGCAGUGUUUUCAGAUUGGCGAGCAAUCAGUUACGGAAACCGGGCGCUGAAGUUAAAUUAAAAGCAGACACGAUGUGGAUCCCGAACCAAAGCACUAUCUCUAUCUACGUUCUGAUGCCUCUGCUGGCUUUGGCAACCUGGCAGCUGUGCGUUCUUCCCGGGACGGAUGCCAAGCACUUGGCCGCCAGAUCGCACGACCCCGAAACGGAAUCCCAUAGUAGUGGCGUCGUCGCUGCUGCAGUGCGUCGGAAGCGACAGCUCUCCGAUUGGCUGAUUGCGCCCAACACGCGGUGGUGCGGACGCGGCAACCUGGCCAAUGGAACCUACAACGACCUGGGCGGCGCCUCCAAGGCGGACAAGUGCUGCCGAAAGCACGACCACUGCAAGAUGUACAUCGACGGGAUGUCCAAUCGCUACGAUCUCUUCAACUACCGGCCGUACACCCUGUCGCACUGCAAUUGCGACCUAAGGUUCCGCACCUGCCUGAAGAUGGCCGGCGACGAGGACGCCAACGCCAUUGGCAAGCUGUUCUUCAACGUCGUCCAGACGCAGUGCUUCGGUCUGAAGGUGGAGACAGUGUGCGUCCAGCGUGGCGGCUCUGGCAGGGAAUCCGAUCCUUGUCUGAAGGAGGAGGUGCGUCACAAGGCCUUCCUGCGCUACAACAAGCGGUUCUAGGAGUUCUAGUUAGCACACAUUCAACGGCAGGAAUUGGAGUAUCCCAAAGUCGCCUGCCCGUAUAUGAAGCGAACAAACCGCGCCAGAGUGCCGCAAUUAAGUUUGAAACUUAAUGGGAAGGCAUGGCGAAACACCAUCAUCAUCCGUACUUAGAGGAGGAGAGAUAGCCAGAGACACCGGUCUAUGUAUUAAGCCAUAUACCCACAUGUGUAUAGGACUUUCAAGUGCUAAUAUAGCGUAGUCAUCGGUACGAAAUACACCUAGUUGUAGUCAAUCAAUCUAGUUUAGGCCGACGGAUCAAAUGUAGGCUGCCAGAAAACAAAGUUUUUAACUAGCUGUAGACCCCGUAAAUACUCCAUAAUCACUGUACGUAAUUAGUUGUAGACGUAGUAAGUUAAUAAAAGGAAUUUCCAAAGAAUAAAA